GAAUCUACAGGAAGCCUUUCUUGUUGGCCCUACAAACUUCUCUAGUAAAAGCAGGAGAGAAGAUGACCCUGGAGUGUCAUUCAGAGAUUAUGUUUGAAACCUUCAUUUUGACUUCACAUAGAAAGAAAAUAAUAAAGGCUUCUUUUGAGCUUUCUGCAGAAUCUCAUCUUGGGGGAUCCCAAGCAAACUUCUCAAUAGGCCCUGUGACACCUGACCAUGCUGGGACUUACACAUGUUAUGGUUCUUACAAUCACACACCAUAUGAGUGGUCUGAAUUCAGUGACCCUGUUGACAUAAAGAUCACAGGUUUGUACAAGAAACCUUCUCUGUCAGCCCUGUUGGGCCCUGUGGUGAUGACAGGAGAGAACGUGACCUUGUCCUGCAUCUCUGACCAUCAGUUUGAUGUGUUCCAUCUGUCCAUAGAAGGGGUGCCUCAGGGGCACGGGCUGCCUGCAAUGCAGAGUCACAACAGGACAUUCCAGGCCAACUUCCUUCUUGGUCCUGUAAUCCAGACAGGGAAGUAUAGAUGCUAUGGCUCUUUCAGUAACUCUUUCCAUGUGUGGUCAUCCCCAAGUGACCCAUGGUACUUUCCUGUCACAGUAAACUCAUCAAGAAACUGCACUUUGUGCACAGAACUGGACUCCAAAACUU